AUGUUCAAUCAUUCGGGAGAAGAUAUAACUCCUGUAACCAAGAAAGAGCUUAAAGCAUUUGGUCUAACAGAUGUCCUGUUUGUCUAUGCCAUGAAAGUGCUGUCAGGAUGCCCAGAAAACCGUCUUCAGGUUGACGAAAUGAAGAUGACAGACAAUUUCAACUGGAUCCACAGAAGAGUCGAAGUUAAACACGCAGAAAUCCUGUCCAUUGACACCCGAUCACCUCUAGACAUCACGCAUCACUUCCAAUAUGACAUCGAUGAGCUUCCUCUUCUUCUCAACAACGUCACAUCAGUCUGGCACAACGUGAACAACACGCUUUUAAACGAAACCAUUCAUUUCCUACUUAAUUUGCAAGGUUAUACCAACUACAGAUUGGUUUAUGCUCAUAAGUAUGGACAAAAUGGCACCUCUCGACAUCAUGUACCGCCGUCAAUGCGUCUACCAGCAUCUCCAUCAAAAAAUCAUCAUCGUUUAAACAGAAGAAUACACAUUUCAAGAGCUGCUAUCCAUUUGUUAGUCGAAUAUGGCUUUUCUCUUGAUGGUAAAGUAUUUAAUCUGACUCCUAUGCCGUAUGGAAAGGUGCAUUUUAACACAAUGCCGAUAGAUAGUGUAAUGUUGGCAGCGAAAUUGCGCAACGAGUUGAUAUCUAAAGAGUUCAUAGACGUUGAGAUUCAUUACGAUGCUCAAUAUGUACAUGAUAUAUAUGAUGCUGAUUUUUCUGAAUUAGAUGAAUUAAAUGAAGACAUUGUAUGACAGACCUUUUCACUUCGCGGGUUGGAAGGUCAGACAGGCAGUCGCUUCUGUACUAAUACCGGCCCUGUCAAAUGUUCAGGUUAGGUAAGCGGACCCUGUGAAAAACGGGAUAAUGCUAGGAAGAUGAUUGUAUGACAGAUCUUGAAAUCCGUAAUAGCCUUGUUCGGAGAACGCGUGAUCUACAUAGUGGUAUCACGAGUUCGAGUAGCGGUUCGAGCUCUAACUGACUGCUCCACUGUAGUCGACUUUACGAGUUUGAAUCCAUGUUUGGACAUCACGUGUUUUCUAGGAUUUGUGUUCGGUUAAUGGCAGAAGCAUUGCCCCCUAUUACAUGGAUCUGGGGAACUUAAACUUAGCUGGCAAGGAGUAGGUAUAUGUACUAUGCUUACUACUGUGCCUACCUACGUUAUGUUAUUGUGUUUUCAUCGUCAAAAUGUUUAAUAGGUAGUAAAAAAGUUCAGUUCGGAGUUGAUAUGAUGAUAUAAUAUAGAAAAAUAAUGAUCUUUGUAUUUCUGCUAAA